AGAUAGAGGGAGAGAGUGAUACAGACAACCGAUAAAGACACACACCGAGCAGCAGAGAUAAAGCAAGGUUACGGACGAAGGAAAUAAAUGCCCUCUCCACUGGCUGGGGAAUAAAAACCGCAGCUAGCGACUGGAGGAUACAGAGAAAGGGGGAGGCAGAGAGAAGAUGGAUGUACAAACGGAGAACAUGGACCCCCCGCCUGGUGAAUCCCAGCCGAGUGGAAAAAUCAGAAAAGGAUUCAAGCUGUUUGGCAAACGCAAGCCAGGUAACAUCUUUUCUAUUCGAAGCAAAGGUGAUGGAAACAACAAGUCACCUGUUAACAGUAGCAAAACCCAAGAUGGAUUACCAUACACGGCUGCAGCAGAUUUGGAGCCAGAGUCAGACAAGGAAAAAAGACAGGUGAGUCAAGAAGAGAGGGAGCAGGCAGAAGAGGAGCCACUUGGUGUUGAAGAUGGCGUUCUGGCUGCAGCCCCUGCUCGCACCUCCAUUUCUUCGGCAAGCUCGGCCAAGUCCCUCAGCUUUCUGUCGCUACUGAGGGGUGGCCGGAGAGGAAUGGGGGACCGGCGGGUCCACACUGUGUCACAGCCUGUAGGUAGGCAACGUCGUGGGCUGAAGGGUCUCUUUGGCACUGUUAGGUUCCGCUCAAAAGAUAAAGAGGACAAGGAGGAUACCCCUCCGAGUCCACUAUUCAUGUCGUCCCGGGCCAACAGCGUGGAAAUCAUCAAAGAGGACCUCACCCUCACCCCCAAGUUCCAGCCUCGAUCACUGGACAGCUCAGAGACAGACAGCUCUGAGCCCAUCACAAGCUUGACAACACAGGACAGGGAAGUUACGACCCCGUCAGAGACCAUAACCCCCCAGUUGACAGCAGGGAAUGUGAAUAGAACUGAUGAACCUGUCUCUGCACCGCCCCUGGUACCCGGUGAUAACAGCCUGAGCACCUUGCUGGCAGACAUCUCCUCUCUCCUGACCUUUGACUCUAUCUCAGGGGGUGGUGACAUCAUGGCUGAUGUGGAGGCAGAGUGGGGGAAAGCCAGCAAUGCCAUCAGUGCAGCAGUGAGUGAAGUCACGCCAUCAUCUGCAUCUCUCUUCACCAAACCCACCAUCUCCUCUCCGCUGACUUCUACCUCGGUCAGCACAGCUGCUACGGCAAAACCCUGUUUCCCCACAACGGCCUCCAGCCAAUCCUUUACUCCUCUGACAAAGACAGCUCCAACCUCCUCACCCAUUUCCAAGCCGAGCACAAUCAUCACAACAUUGACCAAAUCUUCCACUCUGACAACUCCCUCAGUCAAACUGAGCUCGGAUUCUACUUCUGCCUCCAGCGUAAUGAUUAAAUCAACUCCUACACCCACCGCAACAGAACUUUCAAAGACUCCUGUCAGGAGUCCAAGUCUUUCAGCUCCAUUGAUGUCUUCCUCUUCAAUAACAAAUAAAUCCACAAAGAGCUCCACCACUGCUACAACCACAGCUCCUCUGAACACCCCAGCUACUGUAGUCAAAGCUCCCUCAGUUAGUCCAAAACUUACCUCGACGGCUAGCAAAUUGGCUUCAGAACUUGCAGCACCUUCUGCAACUGAUUCAGUAAGUAAACCUACCCAUGUAGCAACUCCACCUCUUGUAUCUGCUAAACCUCCGACAGUAACGCAUAGCCCUCCCACCCCUGUAGCUUUCACCCAACCUCUACCUGCUAAAUUAGAUUCAUCUAAUGGUCUUAAUUGGCAAACUUCUACUUCCUACAAACCUUCCCUUCUAAGUUCCUCUGCAGGAGAAACUAAAGCCCCAGUAUCAGCAACCUGUUCUGUUACAACCAAACCCUCCUGUCCAUCACCAGUUAUCCCCUCCAAGAUGACAACAGUUCCUACAUCAACUACAACCUCAGGCUUAGUAUCUAUGGCCAUUUCUAAGCCUACACUCACCUCCAGCCCAAUGGACCUAAGUAAGACCCCUCCCUCCCUUGUUGCCGUUCCAGAUUUUUGUCCUUCUUCUGCCCUGAGUGCCAUAACUAAAACUCAAGCUAGCCCUGCAUCUGUCCCAACUCCAUCAUCAAAUUCUUUAGAUAACAUUCCUCCCACAACUAAACCCACUCCUGCACCAAUCUCUGUAGAUAAGAUGCCCCCUGUUCCCAAACUGACUCCAGCCCCUUCUACUCAUGCUGUUGUUUGCACAGCAUCCCCAACACCUCCUGUUCUGGCUCAGAGCUCUAAAGCUCCUUGUUCACCUGCUCAAAUCCCAAUUUCUAUUUCUAAAGAGCCCUCUGCACCUGCUCAGAUCCCAGUUACUGUAUUGAAAGACCCUUCUGCUCAGAUCCCAGUUUCUGUAUUGAAAGACCCUCCUGCUCAGACAACAGUUUCUGUAUUCAAAGACCCUCCUGCUCAGAUACCAGUUUCUGUAUUGAAAGAUCCUCCUGCUCAGACACCAGUUUCUGUAUUCAAAGAUCCUCCUGCUCAGACACCAGUUUCUGUAUUCAAAGACUCUCCUGCUCAGAUCCCAGUUUCUGUAUCUAAAGACCCUCCUGCUCAGACACCAGUUUCUGUAUUCAAAGAGCCUCCUGCUCAGAUCCCGGUUUCUGUAUCUAAAGACCCUCCUGCUCAGACACCAGUUUCUGUAUUCAAAGACCCUCCUGCUCAGAUCCCAGUUUCUGUAUCUAAAGACCCUCCUGCUCAGACACCAGUUUCUGUAUCUAAAGACCCUUUGGCUCGGAUACCGGUUUCUGUAUCUAAAGACCCUCCUUUGCCUGCUCAGAUACCAGUUUCUGUAUCUAAAGACCCUCCUUUGCCUGCUCAGAUACCAGUUUCUGUAUCUAAAGACCCUCCUUUGCCUUCUAAAACCUCUCAAUCUAAGCCCUUUUCUGCUCCUACCCCUGCCCCUUACCCUGUCAGUCCUCUUCCCUCUGCCUCUGCACCUUGGCCAAGUGAAGCCCCAAGCUCUGCUAAGAUGACAGGAAGUGGACAGGUAUCAGCAGAUUGCCAAAUGGUUAAUCCAAAUAGCACAGGUAUCCUGGGGGCCCAGACCAGGCCUUCCAAAACAGAGGAACUGCAUAGUGAGUCACGAACAAACCUCCAAGGCCCCUGCAGAGAAAAGAAGACACCACAAGUGAAGGCAUCAGGGCUUAGCAAAAUACCUGUUGUUGGAGGGGGCAGAGCAGGCAAGCUACCUGUGCGGGACAGCCAACAGUUUGAUGAUGAAGCAAGCAGAGACCCACCUACUCCAGAAUAUGAGAGACCCCACUUCAACUCACAUGAUACAGCAAGGAGCAAAGAUAAAAUCAGUGAUAUUGAGGCGAAUGUGCCAGCUUUUAAACACACCCUGGAGGAGAAUCAGCAUCCUCCCCAGCAAAAGGUCCUCAUCAGUUUACAACGUGACUCGAAGAUCCCUGUGAAGCAUGGUGCACAGUCUCACACUGCCUCCCAAAUCCCUCAAGCUAAAGAACCCCCUCGCUCCAAGAUACCAACAUCCAAAGUUCCUGUCCGCAGGGUUGGCAAUAAACCUGCAGCUGCAGGAGGCAGCACCCACGCAAGAAAAUAAACAAUGGACUGAACCAACCAAGGAUACCGAUUAAGGCUUUGACUGCAACUUUUUUCCAAUCAAACUACAUGACCACCCUUUUUUUAAUUUCAUAUUUCUAUACUGUAAUUCUUGGCUUGCCAUCUCUUGGCGUCACAAUACCAUAAGAAACAAUAACAUAAUCAAGGACGCUGACAGCACUCAAGCACAAAACAUCUCCACAUGGCGCUCAGGCAAAUAGCCUGGCUCAUUGGUGCUGAGCCAAAUGGACAUGCACUCAGGAAAGGUUCAGGGUCACACCUGGACACACAGCAGCAUUGGCAAAUAAGGAGAAGCAGGAUUAAAGAUCCUCUGGGAACAGUCACACAUUCAUAACAUGGGCGAGUGCCUUUCUAUGGGUGCUUUUCCUACAGACUCUCAGAAUUGAUCCAGUCUUUUCUACAGUACUUUUAACUUUUGUUACUCCCACUUUUUGUAGGAACUUUCAAAUGUUUUUUGUCUUUUCUUUCCAGCAAGUCUCUUUGAUAACAACCAGACCCUUUAGCUUUUAUUUAUGUCAGGGGAAUAACAGCAGGAGCUCUAUAAAUAAAUGCAGCGACCAAAUUUACAUUCCACACUUAUCCCUGGAUGUUAUGUAGCAGAAAACGUGCCAUUCAUUUUUGCACAAGAUGUUGAAAUGUACAGUGCUUUUGUGUCAGCCGGCUCAUAUGUAACUUGGAUUAGAUCUCACUGUGAACUAUGGGAGAGACUGUGGUUGGAGGGAGGAGAGGUGGAUAACUCCUUCCAGUAAAACGGACAGGAGCCAUUAUGAAUGGCACUGCUGAAAGAGACAGAGAGGAUGCUGGGAUGAGAUCUCCAGCUCAUACACUGACACAUCCAUAUCCUUAUCCACUUAUACUAUAAGAUGAGAACAAUAUCUGUGUGUAUAGUCUCAUCUAUGUUGUUCUGUUUCCUAUUUAAUCAAUAAAACAAUAUGAGUA